AUGGCGAUCUUCACCCUCUUUUUCCUCUAUGGAUUGUCUUUGAUAGCUUUGGCUUUUCUAAUGAGUGUCUUGGUAAAGAAAUCUUUCCUCACUGGUCUGGUCAUGUUCCUUCUCACCGUCUUUUGCGGAAGUUUGGGAUUUACAGCAUUGUACAGGCAACUUCCUACAUCCUUGGAGUGGAUUUUAAGCUUUCUUAGCCCCUUUGCCUUCAUGCUUGGAAUGGCCCAGCUUUUGCGCUCAGACUAUGAUUUGAAUUCCAAUGCAUUUCCUAAUCCAUCGGACUACUCAAAUCUGAUAAUAGCAACAAAUUUCAUGUUGGCUUUUGAUCUUUUCUUCUAUGUGGCACUGACGAUUUAUUUUGAGAAAAUUUUGCCAAAUGAAUAUGGACAUGGAUAUCCCCUCUUGUUUUUCCUGAAGUCCUCCUUUUGGUCACAGCAACAGAAAGCUGAUCAUGUGGUCCUUGAAGAUGAAAUAGAUUCCGAUCCUUCAUCUAAUGACUCCUUUGAACCAAUGCCUCAAGAAUUCCAUGGGAAAGAAGCCAUCAGAAUCAGAAAUGUUACAAAAGAAUAUAAAGGAAAGCCUGAUAAAAUAGAAGCUUUGAAAGAUCUGGUACUUGACAUAUAUGAAGGCCAAAUCACUGCAAUACUUGGUCACAGUGGAACUGGAAAAUCAACACUGUUAAACAUUCUUAGCGGGCUAUCUGUUCCCACCAAAGGUUCAGUCACCAUUUAUAACAAUAAACUUUCAGAAAUGACUGACCUAGAGAAUAUCAUCAAGCUCACUGGAAUUUGUCCACAAUCCAAUGUGCAGUUUGACUUCCUCACUGUGAAAGAAAAUCUCAGGCUCUUUGCUAAAAUAAAAGGAAUUCAGUCGCAUGAACUGGACAAAGAGAUACAAAGAGUUUUGCUGGCAUUGGAGAUGAAAAAUAUUCAAGACGUCUUGGCUCAAAACUUAAGUGGUGGACAGAAAAGAAAACUCAGCUUUGCAACUGCUAUUUUAGGGGAUCCUCAGGUUUUCCUGUUGGAUGAACCAACUGCUGGAUUGGAUCCCUUUUCAAGGCACCAGGUUUGCAACCUCCUGAAGGAGUGGAGAGCUGACCAUGUGAUCCUCUUCAGUACCCAGUUCAUGGAUGAGGCUGACAUCCUGGCUGAUAGGAAAGUGUUUCUCUCCAACAGGAGGCUGAAGUGUGCAGGUUCUUCUCUGUUCCUAAAGAAGAAAUGGGGCAUUGGAUAUCACUUAAGUUUGCAGUUGAAAGAAAUGCAUGUUCAGGAAAAUAUAACAUCACUUAUUAAACAGCACAUCCCUGAUGCCAAAUUAUCAGCAGAAAGUGAAGGAAAACUUGUCUACACAUUGCCCUUAGAAAGAACAAAUAGAUUUCCAGCACUUUAUGAGGAUUUGGAUAGAUGUCCUGGCCUGGGGAUUGAGAAUUACGGUGUUUCCAUGACAACCUUGAACGAAGUGUUCCUGAAACUGGAAGGAAAAUCAGCUAUUGAUGAAUCAGAUAUUGCCAUGUUGGGAGAAGCACCGGCAGAAAGAACUGGAGACACAGAGAGGCUUGUUGAGAUGGAACAAGUUCUCAGUUCACUCAAGGAGAUGACAAAGACAAUAGGGGGCCUGGCUCACUGGAGACAGCAACUCUGCACGAUUGCAUGGGUUCGCUUCUUGAAGUUAAAGCAUGAAAGAAAAGCUCUCUUAUCACUGCUCUUGAUUCUAGGAGUUGGAAUUUGCCCUCUUUUUUUGAAGAAUAUCAUCACUAAAAUAUAUGAAAAGAGCUACACUUGGGACGUUUCUCCUCGUUUAUACUUCCUUGCUCCAGGACAGCAACCCCGUGAUCCUCUCACUCAGUUAUUGAUCAUCAAUAAAACAGGGGCAAGCAUUGAUGAUUUUAUACGUUCUGUGGAGCAUCAGAACAUAGCUUUGGAAGUGGAUAUAUUUGGAACUAAAAAUGGCCUGGAUGACCCAUCUUAUAAUGGAGCCAUCAUAGUAUCUGGUAAUACAAAGAAUUACAGAUUUUCAUUAGCAUGCAAUACCAAAAGACUAAAUUGCUUCCCAGUUCUUAUGGAUAUUAUUAGUAAUGCGCUACUUGGAAUGAUUACACCAACAGCACAUAUCCAAACUGACAGAAGUACAUUUUUAAGGGACAGAAGGAGUAAUCCAUAUGAAUUCCAGGGAUAUUCCAUGCCCUGGUUAAUUUUGACAUCCUCAUGUACUCCUUAUAUUGCCAUGAGCAGCAUUGAUGAUUAUAAGAGCAAAGCUCAGUCCCAGCUACGGAUUUCGGGCCUCUUCCCUUCUGCCUACUGGUGUGGGCAGGCGCUGGUGGAUGUUCCAAUGUACUGCUUGAUCUUCCUUCUUAUGUAUUUGAUGGACUAUGGUUUAAAUGCCCAAGACACUCUAUUUACAGUUGUAAAUCAGAUUAUACAAAUCCUGUGUGCGGUUGGCUAUGCCGCCUCCCUUAUCUUCUUGACAUAUGUGAUUUCAUUCAUUUUUCUCAAGGGGAAAAGAAAUAGUGGCAUUUGGUCUUUUUGCUUCUGUAUGAUCACCAUCUUCUCUGUGUUUAUAUUGCUGUUUGAGCGCUAUGGACAUGUCACGCUGUACUGUGUCACCUUUUUAGUACCACAUGCCACGUUAAUUGGCUGUAUGUUCUUCUAUUUUCAGGUGUUCAUAUUUUAUUUCCAGAAUGAAGAAUCAAGAAGUAUAGAGCUAUUUCUGGUAUUCUUAAUUCCUUUCCUUCAUUUUGUCAUCUUCCUUUUUAUUCUUCAAUGUCUGGAAUGGAAGUUUGGAAAGAAACCAAUGAGGAAGGAUCCCUUCUUUAGAAUUUCUCCAAGAAGCAACGAUGUUUAUCAAAAUCCAGAAGCACCAGAAGGGGAGGAUGAAGAUGUUCAACUGGAAAGAAUGAGAACAGCAGAUGCCUUGAAUUCCACAAACUUUGAUGAGAAACCGGUCAUUAUCUCCAGCUGCCUGCGCAAAGAGUAUGCAGGGAAAAGGAAAUGCUGCUUUUCCAAGAGGAAUAAGAAAAUCGCCACAAGAAAUGUCUCUUUCUGUGUUAGAAAAGGUGAGGUUUUAGGAUUAUUAGGACACAACGGAGCUGGGAAGAGCACAUCCAUUAAGGUGGUAACUGGAGACACGAAACUGACUGCCGGACAGGUCCUACUUAAAGGGAGCAGCGGGGAGGGCUCCUUGGGCUUCCUAGGGUACUGUCCCCAGGAGAACGUGCUGUGGCCCAAUCUGACCAUGAAGGAGCACCUGGAGGUGUUUGCUGCCAUUAAAGGGCUGAGGAAAGCGGACGCAGCCAUCACCAUCUCGAGAUUGGUGGAUGCGCUCAAGCUGCAGGACCAGCUGAAGCUGCCCGUGAAGGCCUUAUCCGAGGGAAUAAAGAGGAAGGUGUGCUUCACGCUGAGCAUCCUGGGAAACCCAUCGGUGGUGCUUCUGGACGAGCCGUCCACGGGGGUGGACCCCGAGGGGCAGCAGCAGAUGUGGUGAGGGACGCUAUCCAGUCACGGACGGCCCCAAAGCCUUGCAGGAAAUUUGUGAAUUGUUUUACUUGUGUAAAAAUGGUCCCUUAAACUGUUUCUUAAUGUGGGGGGGGGGGGGGGAGGGAGAACACCUCUCAAUAUCAUUAGUAACACCAAUAUUUUGCGAAACAAACACCAACCCUCUCCCUGAUAAUAUUUCAUCAUUGAAGAAAAAAUAAGCAUUGGCAGGACCCGGACACACUCACUGUAAGUAGUACCAUUGGCCCAGUGAUCUUUUAGGUAGGGGUGGUGCAUCCCUGGGCCACGGGGACCGUGGCCAGUGCUGGGGGAGGGGGGAGUGGUAAUUCCCAUUAGGUUGUAAAGGUGGGGGCGGGUUCUGGAUGUUAUCUUGAAUAUUUAUUCUGCAUUUAUUUUCUCCUACUAGGUUGUGACCCCCCCUGUUGUUGAAUUCUGUCUCUCUGGCACAGCCCUUUCAUGAACAGUCUCUUGCUCAGCAUUUCUCUCUCAACACAAGCUCGGGAUAAACUCUGUGUUCCCGGACAGCUCCUCUUCUAGUGCCUGCCUCCGCCUCACGCCCUCACCUGGCUCGCCCUUCCUCCUCCCACCUGCCCUCUCAAGGGUCCUCCCUUGCUUGAGCUCCUUUUGCUAAUUACUCACAGGCAUGCCGGUUAAAAAUUCUUUUCCCCGCCCAUCUAUGAUUAAUUCGAAAUCUUUCUUCACUGCAAAUGGUCUUUUGACGAUUUAGGCAGGU